AUGUCUCAACCUCGUGACUUUCGGCGUAUGCUUUAUAGAUUCGACCUUGCCACCAAAUAUGAAUCUAUUCCUGCUCUCAUACAACAUAUGAUGGACGAGACUGUUCUAGAUGGCGUACUUGAAUUGCGAAUGAUUACUAGUAGAUCGAGCAUGGAAUCCACUAGCGAACCUCCUUUGCAGCUUCCAAGCACUUUCAUCUCCUUUCGUAGGGAAGGGAGGGAGGUGAAUGCAGUCGCUCUCUAUGGCCCGCGUUCCUCCCGUGCGCCUUCCUCCAGCCCCUCAUCUCGUUCGUCGACCGGUCGCGCCAGUACCGAACCAAGUAAUUUUCCUCUUGAAGUCAAGAAGCGCUUCGCAAGUCGUACUACCCUUGUAUGGGUGUUCUCCCCGAUGGUCCAACGCUUGCUCAAUGAAGGAGCAACUACUGUACUUUUCGAAUGUCGCAGCUAUUUGGCCAGCUCCGAGAUCGCGCAUGAAGUUCGUGCAGCAGAUGAAGCAGCAGCGGUGGCGGCAGCGGAGCGAAGGGAAUUAGAAUACCGUCACCCUCAGCAGAACGCUACCCAACAACAGAUUGAACAACAGGAUCCAUACGCGCCACAAACACAAGGGGGAUAUAGCGCCCCUGCUGUCCCUUCAGCCUGGAACCCAAAUGCGACUUACCAUCUUACCAAUAUGCCCAGUACAGGCUACUCGGACCAAUACGGGAACCAAUACCCCCAUACUAUGUCUGAACAGAUGUACUAUGCAACUCAGCCUUCCACUAGCUAUGGAUCGUCUCAGGCCACCCCCUCGUAUUCUCACCCCCAAGUCCAAGUUCCCCCGACCCAGCCUCCCCAAGCCCAGCGCUCUCAACGCUCUAGCAAUGUAUCUCCUCCUAUGGCACAGAGAAACCCUCCUCCUAAGGCUGCACCUGCCCCACGAAUCGAAAAGGAAGGCGACCCGGCUAUCGAGCUACUCACUAGGCGUGCUCCUUUCAAGCGAAUGGUGGAUAUGCCGGAAAGCAAUACGAUGGAUCAUUGGCCGUCUAUGAGCUAUCAGAUGAUGUAG